GUGCUUGUAUGUACAUGUAUGUAUACUCCAUUCAUAUCACUGGAGAGAGGCCGUGACAUUGCACAUUCUCCGCCAUUAUUCCCAUUUCCAUUGCCGGCGCUUGGGGCAGGUGUAGGCAUGCUGCAGGCUGUGUCUCCUCUCUGAGUCAGUGGAUAACUUUCCCUUUAUUUCUCCUCUGCUCUAUUGUCCUCUAGGUCUGACCAUCCCUCUCCAGUUCUUUGUUUUGGUAUAACCCCUGUUUCUGUGUUCUGGUCUCCAUCCCUGCGAGACCUCAGAUAAGCCCUGUGUUUAGAAUUCCUUUGGGAGGGGACAGAUCUGUUUAGAGCUGUUUCCAUGUAAUGCUCUGGGCACUAACCUCUAUUGUGUGUGACAUGCUGGCUGAGCCUCCAUCUCUCCUGUGUCCCCUGAUUUGUUCCAUUUAUCCCACUCUUAUAUUUUGUAUCUGAGUGCACUAUGCCCUUUGCUGGAUAGCAACACAAGCUCCAAAACUUCCUAAUGCAAAAUGCUUGCAUCUCCUACGGGCACCCAUAGAGCACCCACCACUUGGCACUUCAUUUUUGUUUCUCUGUCAGAGCCAAUGUGCAUGUUGCUGUCUCUGACAUUGUCUCUGCUUGUUGCUCCGUGCCCAGUUAUUUAUCAUGUUCUGGGGUCGUGCUGGGCCAAAGAAUAGCCUGAGGCUUGGAGCAGAGACCUUUGAAAGGGGCACAAGGGAAGCAGAUUUGCACUGCAAUUGGCCUUGGUGCACGUCUAUAUUAUUCAUAGAUAUGUAUCUGCUGAGCACUGCAGGGAGUUAGGCGGAAUGAGGGGGAGGUUUGCGCUUGCAGCUAUGUACCUGCUCUGUGUAUAAAUAGAGGGGUGGGCUGGCAAAACAAAGAACAGAGGGCACCCCAAGGACAUGAGAACAUGCUAAGGACAGCAUGUCUAAUGAGUCCCUUUCAUGGGCACCCAUGGAAAUCACAGCCGUACAACAUCGUAAAAGUGAUCACUGCUUACAAAGCAUGAGCAGCGAAAAUAUUGCACGGCUUCCCCCUUUUUUGGUAUUUGGUGUGUAAGGCCAAGGGGAGAGGUUCCAGGAUGGCUGGGACUUGUUUGUGGACGCAGAACAUACACCCUCUUGGCACUUGGAUUUUGGGUGGGUGGAUGGAUGGGUUGUGGGGGGGACAAUGUUGUAUUUAGGAUUUGAUGAGAUCCCCCCCGGCAUUGAUCUGUUUCUGUUUGACCGUUGCUAUGUCAGAGGUUAAAGACAUCCUAAUGCCAGUGAUAAGCUUAGACCCAGAGACAGCUGUCGGAGGGGGGAGACCCUGUGGGGACCCCCUCUCUCCCUGCUCUUCUUUCCUUUUAGGUAUUACUCUCUCCCUCUGCUCUUUCAAUCCUGUCUUCCUUCCCUCAGUCCCAAUUGGUGAUCCCAACUCUGCUCCUUUGUGUCUCGCUGUCACUCUAAGGUGUUACUUGCCCCCCAGUGCCCCCCAGACAUGUCUUGCUUUCUUCUCCUGUCUUCUUGUGGAUUCUUUCAGGUAUUUCACUUAAGCUGCCUUUAAUCUUUCUCCCCUCCCUCAUACCUCUUUCUUUGUAGCCCCACCUUCUAUCCCAACUCUUAUUCGCCCUCACUCGCCCUCCCUCAGCCUUUCUGUACUCUCUUCCCCCUCUUUUUUUCUAUCCUCCUCCCCUCUGUGUGUGUGUGUCUGUCCUUUCGCUCCUCACUCCAGCAGAAUGGAAAGUGUAGCUGUCAGCUUCUGUCACUCUGGGAGCCUCCCUCACACAGACACACAAUCCUGCCACACUGCCACACAGGCACACACACAGUGGCACUGAUUCCGGCUGGGUGGCACGUUUAAACCACCAACUCACCCUCUGAUGCCCGUUCCGGUGUUGUUUCACAGAAGAUCACAGGCAUGUUUGGAAAACUGGGACUUUAACUACCUGCUUUGGGGCUGUCAGCGCUAACUAGAGGCUGGUGACAUCAUGCUGGUAUCGGCAUUACCGUCUCUGCUUCUGCUGCUUCUCAACUUACCCCCCUGUGUGCGAACGACACAGCCCCCUCGCGUGUACCUUUCAUACAGAGACCUCAUGGAAUCCCGCUCUGCACGCUCCUUUACUUUUGGCUUUAACACCAGCGACUACCGUAUCCUUCUCCUGGAUCAGGACCAGGACCGGAUGUACGUGGGGAGCCGCGACUAUGUGCUGUCUCUCGACCUCGGAAACGUCAAUCGGGAACCCCUGAUUAUUCAUUGGCCGGCUCCACUAAACCGUCACAAGGAAUGUCUCAUGGCAGGGAGGGGACGAGCAGACGAGUGCUACAAUUACCUACGUGUCAUUCAGCCACUGAACCGCACCCACCUCUAUGCGUGUGGCACGGGAGCCUACCAACCACAAUGUGCCGUUAUCUACAGGGGUUGGAGAUCUGAGGAUUAUGUGUUCCGGAUUGUCCCCGGCUCACUGGAGUCAGGAAAGGGAAGGUGCCCUUAUGACCCCAAGCAGGAAAACAUGGCGACCCUAAUAGACGGUGUUCUGUAUGCAGGAGUGCAGGUGGAUUACAUGGGGACGGACUCUGCUAUUUUCCGGACAAUGGGACACAAGCCUCCAAUACGCACGGAGCAGUAUGACUCGCGCUGGCUGAACGACCCCUUAUUCGUGGGGUCACUAGUGGUCUCAGAAAGCAGCUUUAAAGAGGACGACAAGCUGUACAUCUUAUUCCGGGAGAGGAGCUUGGAAGGAGAGAACGGUCCGGCGGUGCUGUCUCGUAUCGCUCGCGUCUGCUUGAAUGACGAGGGGGGCCUGCGGUCUCUGGUGGGAAAGUGGACUUCCUAUCUCAAGGCCCGACUUGUGUGCUCCGUGAUUGGCCAGGACGGCGUGGAGACAUCAUUUGAUCAGCUCCGUGACGUCUUCAUUCAGCCAACCCACAACAAACAGAACCCACUGAUCUAUGGAGUCUUCACUACACUGGGUUCCGUGUUCCGGGGCUCCGCUGUCUGCGUGUAUUCUCUGGCUGAUGUCCGUGCUGUUUUCAACGGGCCCUUCGCUCACAAGGAGGGACACGGGUACCAGAUGACGGCAUACUCUGGGAAAACUCCUUACCCUCGACCCGGAGCGUGUGCCGGCGGAUUCUCUGUCCCCAGGAAUCGAUCCAGCAGAAAUUUUGGGGAGGAUGUUCUAAGAUUUGUACGCACACACCCCCUUAUGUACAGCUCUGUGUACCCAGUCAACCGCAGACCCCUCCUCCUGCUCUCAGAUGCCUCCUACACCUACACCAGCAUUGCUGUGGACAAAGUGCCCGCUGCUGAUGGGGAGUAUACCGUCCUGUUCCUGGGCACAGACCGUGGUACUGUUCAGAAAGUGAUGAUCCUGCCCCGGGGCAUCAAGGAAACAGAAAGUAUCACUCUGGAGGAGGUGGAAGUGUUCAAGGUACCGUCUCCUAUUAGAAAUCUCCGGAUAUCAUCAAAAAGGCACCAGCUCUAUGUCUCGUCAGAUGUUGGGGUCACUCAACUGUCUCUUCAUCGAUGCGGUCGUUAUGGAGAUUCCUGUGCAGACUGCUGCCUCGCCCGGGACCCAUAUUGUGCUUGGGAUGGAAAGGGCUGUGUGCGGUACACCCCUUCACCCAGCAGAAGGAGUCGGCGACAGGACGUUAAACAUGGAGACCCGCUAAGGCAAUGCAGAGGAUACAAUACACAAGUGGACCGAGGAAUUUUAGAGCGGCUGCAGAUCGGUGUUGAAGGAGGCAGCGUGUUCCUCCAGUGCGAUACUCACUCUCCACUCGAGAGUGUCACUUGGUUGCUGCAGAGAGAGGACUCCCAGCAUCGGAGAGAGGUGCGACUGACGAGCAUCGAUGGAGGUGCAGUGCUACGCUCUGUACAUGCCAGCGACGCAGGGGUCUAUACCUGCACGGGCACGGAGAAUGGUUUCCGGCGGUCACGUGGCAAAAUACGGCUCAAUGUUUUGCCUCGGGACUUACUAGAAAAGCUAACAGCGGUGCCAACCCUUGCUCCAAUGCCAGCACAGUGCCUGCCCCCACGCAGACCAAGACCACGGCCAUCUCAGACAGAGCGUAACUGACAGUGUGGUGCCUGGCAAACAAAACAAAGAGGGCUGGUCAGUGGCGAUUCCAGGCCCCCUCUCAGUCAUCACUCAAGGGACUCCAUAGUACAGGAGAAUGUGGGUGAGGUGACACCCAAGCUCAAUAGCAGUUGGGCUGGCACAGAAGUGGUUCAAGCAGCAGCAGCGCCACCAUGUGUUGAGGUGAUAGUAUUAGUAAGACAUUCCAGAGAACUGUAUGCGUGUGUAGAGAGGGAUGCAGUGUGAUCUGUUUCAUAUUAAUUUAUAACUUGCUGGAUACCGGACUCAAGCAGCAGUGGCAUCUCCCACAAUCCCCCUUUCAUUUGUGCUUUGUGCUACCGGACUGCUUCUCCACAGCUGCCACUGCCAAGGGGGGGGCGGGGGGGUUUCCUAUUCCAACCAGAGGGACACGGAAUCUGCCCGGUUACUGAAUGAAUAAUUAGCACACGUAACUUUUUAACUCAUUCUAAUUAAGAAAUGAAGUCUAUUUUGUA